UUGACUCAACCAGUCAGUAGUAAAGUACCUCAGGCACUUGAUGAACAGAACACAUAUCCAUGUUCAGCAGCUGACGUGGCCAACGUCACCGUUCAACACAUUCGCCGAGAAGAUGGAAUUAGAGUGCCUUCACCUACCAACCUUCUAAUUGAAAGGAUAUUAACGAAAAGCAUUCUCAUUUCAUGGCAGCCUCCUACGAGUUCUCUGGUAGUCAUCACUCAGUAUCAUGUGUGCGUGGACGAAGUGGUACGCAAUGUGAUUCCUGCAGGUUACAAAACUAAAGCACUCAUUGAAGAUGUGGACUGCCAAAAGGCUCAUAGGAUUUCUGUUCGUGCUGUGACGGAGGCUGGCCAUUCGCCCGACCCCGCGUGCACUGUCUCCGUCGGAAAAAGAAGUAAUGUUGCUCCUCAGGAUGUUAAGGCUUCGUGUAUAACACCUGUCUCUGCUCAAAUUUCCUGGUACCCAGGCAAUUCCAACUACGAAACCAUUGUACUUUUAAAUGGAACGAAAGUUGGCGGUUGCCCACCAGGUGUAUAUCAAGUGCUUUUGAAAGGCCUUACUCCUAUGACUAGGUACCGAUGUUCAAUUCGAGUGAAAGACCCUGUCGCCGUUUUGGAAGAGAAACCAGUCGAAAUAGGUCUUCCCGAUCCCCCUGCCGAUGUCCAAUGUGAACUUGGGCCUCAAGACGGCACACUGCUUGUUACAUGGCAGCCCGUAACAAACCAACCGAAACCACCGUCCUUAGCCGCUGUAACGGGCUACUUACUGUAUGCGGACGGCAAGAAGAUCAGCGAUAUGGAAAGCCCGACUGGCGAUCAUGUACUUCUCCGGUGGUCUGAUCUUUGUGAUGACCCGCCCCUGUUUAUUACAGUGAAAACAAAAACAAAGGAAGGCGCCAUCAGCGCCGAUUCGAACGCCGUAAGGGUGCCUCGAUUCGACAGUAAACAGCCAUCGACGUAUCGGUCUUCCGACACUCUGAUGGCUGCCGCCAAAUUCAAAGUUUCAGCAGUGGGUUGACA